UGUGGUAGCUUGGAGAAUCCGUCUAAAAAUGAGGAGUACAGCCUACAGGAUGUUAUUGAGUGCGUUUUUAAAUAGCUCGAACAACGGAUCGAGUACGCGAUCAACUAAAAGAGCGUUUUUUAAUGCAGUCGAACAGAAACGUUCCGCGUUUUUAAAUUACUUAUUUAGUUCGAGUGUUGUGUUCGAGUUUGCAUUUCAAGCACCAGGUCUGCAGGUGGUGCUUUAAAAGUCAUAACCUAACAUUUCGACAAAAUGGCAGACGUAGUUCAGGUGUUUAAUUGUUUUUAUUGUAAAUCAAAAAAUUUAACGUGGACGGAAGUUGAAAAGCACCGAUGUUUUGCUGGCAAAUGUUUAUUAAGCAUAGGGGCAAACAAUGUAAUUUAUUGUGAUGAAGAUAUCACUGCUGGUGGAGCACCUGACGAAGUUGUAACAGAAACACAAGAAGACUCGCAAGAAGAUGCUUUGUGUGAUAAGGAAAAUGCAACUGUUUCGAUGGAAAAUGACAAUGCAAAGUGGUCUCACUCUGCAAUAUUAAUGCUAAUUGAUGAAUACCGAAAACAUAAGAAUGACUUAGAAAAAAAGAACUCCUUAAAACGACAUAUUUGGAAAAAGAUAGCUACCAAUAUAAAUAAUGAAGAGUCCAGUUCUUACACAUGGGACCAGAUACAAAAUAAGUGGAAAAGUUUGUUACGUACAUACAAAAAUGUAAAAGACCACAAUAAUGAAACAGGCAGAGGGCGCAAAAAUUGGCAGUACUUUGAUCUUAUGGAUGAACUUCUGAAAGGGAAUCCAACUGUUCAACCACCAGUAGUAAUUAAUAAUGGCGAGAUAACAGUGUGUAGUGGUAGUCAACCAUCCAUGUCAGCAGAAGAUUCUCCUCGAAAUACACGGUCCAACACUCCAGAGAGCAGUAACAGAAAAAGGAAGUCGUCAUGUGAUAUGUCCGAUUUAUUAAACUCUAUAUUAAAGCAAAACAAACAACAACAUGAAGAAGAGAUGGUGGAGAAACGCCGUUUCAAUACUCUCUUAGAAAAAUUAGUAAAUAAUAUUCUAAACAAGGAGCAAGAAUAAAUGUAUAUUAGUUCUUAUAUCUUAAUAUAACAUUACACGUUUACAGUUUAUUCAUAAUAGCAAUGCGUUUAUCAUUACCCUUCCUAGUGUCUACAUCCGAAAAACGAUUACGUAUCUGGCUUUUACCAUCCUCGUUAUCAUCAUUAAUGAUUUCUGGAACUUCCUCGCAACGUUGUGUGCAAAAAUUGUGUAAUAUACAUGCUGCCAUAAUCACAUGUGGUAUAUAAAAAGGAUUGUGUAAUUCCAAAUAAUUUAAUCUUCUCCACCUGGCUUUCAAGAUACCAAAAGCUCUUUCAAUUGGUGAUCUAGUAGCAGCAUGGCACACAUUAAAUUUUGUUUGUUUUUGGUUUAGGUGACCGUUAUCUCGAAAAGGUGUCAAAAGCUGUGCAUUUACCCAUAUAGCACGCUUCGUCCAUUGGACGUACAUUUUUUGUCCAUUUUAGGUAAGUUCGUCCAUGUACUAAAAAUGGACGUACAUUUGACGUACAUCUCAGUACGUACUAUGUAUGUUAAAUACUUAUAUCCACUGUACGUACAUUUUUCAUGAAAGCAUUGUAACUUUUUAAUUUUAAUUAUUUGUGUUCAGACCGUAGAUAAAAUGCGCUAACAUAAGCAUUGGGAUAUCACUACAAUAAAUAGAAUGCUGUUAAUUUAUAUUGUAUUCUUAAUACUAAAACAUGUCGUCAUAGGAAAAGCAAUACGCACUUCAAUUCUUACAACGUCUGCCGAACCUCGCUACCAAUCGCGUUUUACCAUUUUAACGAAUGCACCGACAACACGCGAUUCGGUACGAUAAAAUUUAUGGAUUUUGUGAAGGUGAAGGUGAAUAACCGCACCGCGCUACCAGGUCUCAGCUCAGCAACGAGAUUAUCUCUUUUCACCGAAA